AACCCGUUCACACCUUCCCGCUUUUUAACUCUACAUUAAUAUCUACCCAACCACCAAUAAAACAAACCACCAAAUCAAGAUGCGUUCCGCCUUCAUCUCCGCUGCCGCCCUCUUCGCGUGCGUGCAGGCCAUCAGGAUCACCUCCCCGACCAAGGAUGACACCAUUGACCCAUCUAAGGGCGUGACGGUGAAGUGGUCGACCGUGUCGACGGAUCCCAAGACGGCUCACCUGGUCCUCGUCAACCAGGCCGGCGGCCACACGCCGUACAGCAAGGACCUGGGCGAGGUCGACCUGACCAAGGGCAGCGUCACGGUGACGGUGGCCAACGUGCCCAACGACACGGCCUACCAGUUCAACAUCGAGAGCGUGACCGAGCUUAACACGGGCAUCCUGGCCCAGUCCGCCCAGUUCGAGGUUGAGGCCGGUGCCUCGGGCUCUUCCCCGUCGCCGCCCAGGUACAGAGUGGCAGCCUUUUGGCUUUCGCCGUUGGCCUUGUUGCCUUCAUGGCCUAAGUUUAUUGGCUGGUCAUGGCGCUUUUCUUGCGCUGCGGUUACGACUGGGGUGGCUGGCUGACUUGAACGCCUGGUCAAGAGCCCCUCUGGCCAUCUAUGCCUCGUGCACUUUGGUUUUGGAUGACGGGGUUCGGCAUUCGACUCGGGACUGGGAAC